AUGGCUGCUGCAAGAAAACGUACGCUAUCUGGAUUUGAAGAUGUGAUAGACGGGAAAACAAAGAUUUUCAAAGACAGCGGCGAGAAGAUACACAUUGCAGCCCUGAUCCUGGCUAGGGGAGGCAGUAAGGGGAUCCCCCUGAAGAAUAUAAAAGUUCUGGCCGGUGUCCCGCUCAUCGGAUGGGUUCUGAGAGCUGCCGUGGAUUCCAAACAGUUUGACAGUGUGUGGGUAUCAACUGAUCAUGAUGACAUUGAGAAGGUGGCCAAGGCAUGGGGAGCUCAGGUUCACCGCAGGAGCCCAGAGGUGUCCAAAGACUCUUCCAGCUCUCUCGACACUAUCCAGGAAUUUGCCCGAUUAAACCCAGAGGUGAAUGUGAUCUGUCACAUCCAGGCUACGUCUCCCUGCUUGCACCCCUUCCACCUGAAGGAGGCCCUGGAGUUGAUCACCAAUCAGGGCUUCACGUCUGUCUUCGCCGUGGCCCGACAACACCACUUCCGCUGGCAGGAGGUCAAGAAAGGAGGUAGUGUAGCCACCAAGCCACUGAACCUUGACCCGUCUAACAGGCCCCGGAGACAGGACUGGGAUGGAGAGCUGUGUGAGAACGGAUCUUUCUACAUUCAUACCAGAGCGACAAUAGAGGAAGGCCUGCAGGGGGGAAAGUGGGCUUACUAUGAGAUGCUGCCAGAGUACAGUGUGGAUAUUGAUGUGGAUAUCGAUUGGCCCGUGGCAGAACAGAGAGUACUGAGGUUUGGUUACUUUGGCCUGGACAAACCUGAGGUGGUGUGUCUGCUGCUGUGUAACAUCUCAGGCUGUCUGACGGACGGCCGCGUCCUCAUCUCUGUCUCUGGAGAGGAGAUGAUCUCUGUCAACACCAGAGAUACCAUGGGUAUCCGCAUGCUGCAGAGAGAGGGGGUGGAGGUGAUCCUGAUCUCAUCCAGUGAGGACCUGACCAAGGCCUUGGCUGACAAGCUGUCCCAGAGGACGGGCUGCGAGGUCAGACAGCUGGGCAAGGACAUCCAGGGUGAGGCCAAAGCCAUGAUGGACUACAGGGAUCUGGACUGGAAGGCAGUCGCCUAUAUGGGUAACGAUGCACCAGAUGUUGACUGUCUGAACCUGGCUGGGCUGAGUGCAGUACCCCGGGAUGCCCCAGUGGUAGCAAUCAAUGCUGCUAAAUAUUCCUGCCACAAUGUUGCAGGCCUGGGGGCUGUGAGGGAGUUUUCUGAACACAUCCUGCUGCUCAAGAAGAAGGCCAAGUCUCAGAUGGAACAGGACCGCAUCCACAGACAUGCAUUCUAAACUCUAGAA